AACCCAGAAAUAGAAGUGUAAAGUGUUUGCUUGUUUGUUUUACGAUUAAAAUAAGAUUUUCGCUUAUCUUGUAGUACAUGGUUUCGAACAAAUAGGUAAUUGAAAACUGAUAUACGGAACCAUUACAUCACGUUGUAGCGCUCAGUUGAAAAAUGAGCCAAUUAAGCUUCCAUCGUAAAGUGGAACCUUCGGAUCCGCAAAAGAUACCAGUGCUGAUUAUCGGCCAGCAACGUCACUUGAACGAGCUUUCAUAUGACCGGAUUCGCUGCAAACUGGAGCCUUGCGUUUCAAAGGAAGUUUUCCAGAAAGCGGUCUCCCACUUGCGUCCAACGCCGACCGAUUCCUGUUCUUUGUAUCUGGAUUUAGCUCGAAUUGCUGUUUUGCCAACUAGAGCAUCCCGUCACAAUACGGACUCUCGAGCCCACGCGCUGACGAAAUUGGUUCAAACCCAUACUACUGGAGCUAGUGAGACGGUCGUUAUUGUAUGUGAACGAAGCAAUGUAUUUGCGUCUGCGUGCGCCGUGGCCAGAGCGUAUCCAUUGUAUUGCCGUAAAAGUUUUAAGUCACCAGAUAAUAGUAACAUCAAUCAAACUCCAUCGGAACCGAUAAAAGUCAGUAUUGAGUUUGUUCUGAUAGGUAAUGCGGAUAAUACAACCUUAACGGAUGAAGAUGUUAAAGUACUGAAAUACGCUGCUGAUGGGAUUCGCUUAACGGCAAAAAUUGUUGACGCUCCUUGCAAUGAGAUGAACGUAUCCGGAUUUUUACGUGAGGUGGAAACCGUAGCCAAGGAACUAAAAUUGGUACCUAAGAUUAUACGUGGUGAAGAAUUGAACGUAAAAGGUUUUGGUGGCAUUUACGGAGUUGGAAAGGCUGCUGCAGAUCCUCCCGCAUUAGCAGUACUUUCGUAUGAACCGGAAGGUGCAACUGAAACUGUCGCCUGGGUUGGUAAAGGAAUCGUAUUCGAUACUGGCGGUCUGAGCAUCAAAGGUAAAACAGCUAUGCCAGGUAUGAAACGGGACUGUGGUGGAGCUGCUGCUAUACUUGGCGGUUUUUACGCUGCAGUCAAGAGUGGCUAUCGGCAAAAUUUGCAUGCUGUGUUCUGUCUGGCGGAAAAUUCGGUUGGACCGAAUUCAACACGUCCGGACGAUAUUCAUCGAUUAUACUCUGGACUGACGGUCGAAAUUAAUAACACCGAUGCCGAAGGCCGUUUGGUUUUGUCCGAUGGAGUGUGCUACGCGGAUCGUGAUCUAAAGGCUAAGGUAAUCCUAGAUAUGGCUACGUUGACUGGGGCUCAAGGGAUCGCAACAGGAAAAUAUCAUGGCGCUAUUCUUACUAACAGCGAGCGUUGGGAACUUAAAGCUGUAGCUGUCGGUCGUCACACGGCAGACCUACUAUCGCCGGUUCCAUACUGUCCGGAAUUACAUUUCAGUGAGUUCAAUUCAGCUGUAGCGGACAUGAAAAACUCAGUCAUGGAUCGUGGUAAUGCUCAGGUUAGUUGUGCUGGACUAUUCAUCGGUGCGCAUCUUGGAUUUGAGUACACCGGAGCUUGGUUGCACAUUGACAUGGCGUCUCCAGUUCAUAGCGGGGAACGUGCCACAGGGUACGGAGUAGCCUUGCUACUGGGUCUCUUCGGUGAGCAUAGUUAUGCCGAAAUACUGCAGGACAUUGCUAACAGUAGCACUAAUGCAACAAGAAUGGAAUAUGAAGUAAAAUCAAGUAACGAACCACAAGUUAAAAAAGUACGCGUCGACUAAAAAUGUAAAAAUGUUGCUAUCCAUAUCCGGUUGCUUUGGCACAAAUUGUGCGAAAAACGUUUUUGUGUGUUUUCAAAUACAACGAAAUAUUUAAUAG